GGUUUUUUUUUUUUAGGUUCGGCAGUUCACCUACGGAAGAUUUUGUGCAGUGCUUCCUAGAGUCAAAGAUGGCUGGUAAUAUUAGACAGCAUCUAGCACAGCUUGCGAGUCUGUCGCAUUCGGGAGGUUCUCACAAAGACGUUACUGAAAAAUAUAAGACUAUUCUACAGGGAGUAAUAAAGGCAGGUGGGGAAGAACUAGUUCCAUCUCUACAAGCAUUUGUUGAAGCAUUGGUGAAUGAGAACGUGAGCCUGGUGAUUUCUCGUCAAAUCUUGUCAGACUUUACAUCACAACUGGAGCAUCUGACAGAUCCUGUGGCCAAAAGCAUAGCCCACUUCACACUAGAUAAAAUACAUACUCGGGUCAUUUCGUUUGAAGAACAGGUAGCAGCCAUCAGGCAACACCUCGCCAACAUAUAUGAACGUGAGCAGAAUUGGAGAGAAGCAGCCAGUGUCUUGGUAGGCAUACCAUUGGAAACAGGCCAAAAGCAGUACUCUACAGAUUACAAGCUAGAAACUUACCUGAAGAUAGCACGUUUGUACCUAGAAGAUGAUGAUGCAGUGCAGGCUGAAGCAUACAUCAACCGGGCCUCUCUUCUGCAGGCAGAAACUAAAAAUGAAGAACUGCAGAUUCACUACAAAGCAUGCUAUGCACGAGUGCUGGACUUCAGAAGAAAGUUUAUUGAAGCAGCGCAAAGAUACAAUGAACUGUCAUACAAGACUAUUGUCGCUGAAGGGGAGAGACUAACGGCCUUGAAGAAUGCUUUGAUAUGUACUAUCUUAGCUUCUGCAGGACAGCAAAGGUCACGAAUGUUAGCAACACUGUUUAAGGAUGAAAGAUGUCAACAGCUCCCAGCCUUCAACAUUCUUGAAAAAAUGUACCUUGACCGAAUUAUUCGCAGUAGUGAUCUACAUGAGUUUGAGGGACUGUUGCUUCCACAUCAAAAAGCAUUGACAGCGGAUGGUUCAACUAUUGUGGACCGAGCAGUAAUAGAGCAUAACCUCCUGUCAGCCAGUAAACUAUACAACAACAUUUCCUUCUCAGAACUUGGAGCUUUGCUUGAGAUUCCACCUGCAAAGGCAGAGAAAAUUGCUUCCCAGAUGAUCACAGAGGGACGUAUGAAUGGCUACGUUGACCAGAUUGAUUCUACUGUUCACUUCGAAGCAAGAGAGACUCUUCCUAUGUGGGACAGACAGAUACAGAGCCUUUGCUUCCAAGUAAACAAUAUUAUUGAAAAGAUUUCCCAGACAGCACCUGAUUGGCUUGCAAAGGCAAUGGAAAAUCAGCAGUAGUCCCUUCAGAAAGGAAGAGCAAAUGAGUUUCAUGCAACUGUUGCUGUUCGUUUUUAAUAUGGUUGCACACUCUUGGAUCAGAUCCAGUUCAUUCAUUAAUCCGUUUGUUUGCGUGAGUGAGCAAGAGGAAUAGAGGGUGAAAGCAUGAAUGUGUAUGUAUUGACUGAUGUAUAACUGAUUAAUAAAGCUCACUGUUUUUGUGUUUCAUGGUCUAUGAACUGACAUUUUUUUUCCCUGAAGUUUGUGUUUAAUGCCGUGCCAGCAACUAUGGUCCAUGAAAGAUUUUGAACAUAGUAGCAAAUACACAAAAGAUAAUAUCAGUUUAAAUUUAUCGUUGCUUUGUUUGCACUGUGAAAAGUGUUAUGCUACAAACACACAUUGUGUGAUUCAGGCAACUUGCUAACCUCAGUGUAUGAAGUUUUAUUACAGAGCUUAAAAGAAGUGUCGCUUCUGGGUAUUGAAAUGCUGUUAAUUUAAACUGAUUGCUCUCAGAAGAAAACAGCUCUGGGAAAAAUUGCUGCAAUUUCUAAGCAUGGCUGCAACAAUGGUACAAUUCAUUUUAUAGUAGAACAAAAAAGUAGCUCUAGUUAUUUUUUGUAGCAUCACAUUGUAAGCAUGCAUAUAAGGGUUUUUUCUGGCCAUUUCCAAAAAUUAAAUGAUGAUGAGUUCAACAUGUGUUAAAUAUCAGGGAGACUAUUCUCACUUGAUUAUAUAUGUGCAUUAAAUGGCAUGAAUUGAA